UCAUCCUUUCGCUCCCACCUUUCACCUUUCACUUCCAUUUGCGUCACCCUGGCAACUGACUAGCACCGCCCUCUCAAAACCAUAAACCGAAGCCACUUAUAUCCGGUGGUCAACACCACCGUAGGUAGCGCACCAACACGCGAUGCCUUUGCUCAAGGAUCUGAACUGCUCCAUCGAGCUCUCGGGCGAACCAGAACCGCUGCAAGAGCUCGGAACAGUCUACGGCGAUGCCUGCGUCGAAACUUUCAUCCCUGUGCCCAAGAAGCAGCAAGCUUUCACAGUCCACCUCUCAUCAAAUAACUUCAUCGCGCCAGGCAUCGCCAUGUACGUGUUCAUCGAUGGCAUCUACCAGUGCAACCGCAACAGGCAAGACAUGAAGCUUCGAACGCCUCCGGAUCGCCGCUCGCUCGUCGACUUCAGGGUUAGACAGAAGGAAGAGAUGCAGAAGGACGGUUCGAUGAUCGCGCGGGAAUGGACAUUUGAGAAGCUCGAUCACGCUUUAGCGGAUAGCGCACCAAACUCAUGUUCACCAAACGUUCUCGAGAAUAUUGGCUGCAUCGAAGUUGUGGUCCUGCGUUGCGCUGGCACGCGUAACGCAAAGACUGCGGCAAACAUGAAUAUGGACGGUGCUGCUGACUAUUUUGACUAUUUCUUCGAUCGCAAUAGCAAGUCUCGAACAUCAGCCAAAGACGAUCAAGAACCCCCUGCCAACCCGCUGCAAUCAAAGCUAGCCUACCGAUUGCCUUAUGCGGAGACGGUGCGCAGCCGUGGACAAACAGAGAAAGACAACUCACGAUAUUCCGAGCCCGUAAGCCCACGUACACGAACUUACCGCGAUAUCCCAGCUCCAGCAUUCCAGUAUGGUAGCGGACCUCUUCCACCGCGGUCACGCACAGAGAUUCAGAAAGGAGUCGUGCCUGAUAGCACGUCAAGGACUGCUCCUGCGGUCGGCCCAGAUAUGCUCGGGAAGAUCGUUGCAGAUGCUGUCAAGCGUGGGGUCGAAGAAUCGAGGAAAGAAGACAAAGGUCGACCUGACAAACAACCGUAUGACGAUGGUUGGGAGAGCUCCAGCCAAGUCCCUGGAGCAUGGCCGACAUCCCCCAGUCGUGUAUCGAAGCUUCGAACGCACAAGUCAGCUCCUUCCAAGCGCCACAACCAUAAAACUGGCCUAGACGACGAAGAUUCAAUUUGGGAACAGCAAUCAAGAACCACCAAGCACCGCUCGAGUCGAGGCAAAGCGGACACGCAUGUAACUUGGGGUGAGGAGCCGAACUGGGGCAAGCAGCCUACAGCCGAUGGGUGGGACAACAAGGAUGAUGAUACUUGGGAUACGGAUGAGACAUGGUCGAACAAGCAGUCUGAUGGGUGGGAAGAAGCUCGUCGACGACCAAAGUUCAGGUCUCACACGAUCCGCGAUCCUUCUCCUCGCUUGGCAUCUCAAGUGUCGAACCGUACAUUUGAGCGUCGACGAUCAAGGCAAGGCCGCUCUCAAUCCAGGGCCCGUUCCCACUGGGAUGACGACGCAAAGUCAUCUUCAGAAGACAACGACGGGUGGACUCGCAUCAAGCCACCAUCAGAUUCGUCCACGUCUCUCGAAAGAUCAGACUCAACAAUCAAGCCCUCGCACUCUCGUAGCCAGGUGCAACCGUCAAGGAGCAGAUCUACCCGACGCAGCCGCGCCGGUCAUGAGCGGAGGCUGUCACAGCUCACCGAGAAAACGCAGUGGUACCCUGAGAGCGUACACUAUGCCCGACCGCCGUCUGUCCUGGUGACGAACGCGCCUACGAUAGUCUCCACGCCGGUUCCAAAAGUCCUAACGGGCGUCCGAUCAAGAAUUCCAAGUGCAUAUAUUCAGCCAGCUGCGUCAAUCACGGCACCGCCACCAACAUGGGGAUGCGCGUCCGAAGGGCAACGCAAGCACAGCACCACCACAGCUUACUUGCCUCCUGUCCCGUUUAGCUCUGUGGGUGAAGCUCUUCGACAGAGCCGUACAUCAAGUGGUUCAUCAUCGUGGGGCGUUACGAACAAGAAGGCGUCAAAGAAGCUUAGAAAUGAGAAGCUGCAGAUGACUUCUUGGGGCAAGAACGAUCAGUCUGCUAAGACGAAGAAUGCUUGGGGAGAUACUGAGCGGAAGGCCAAGGCGAAAGGCUGGAGAGACAGCAAGGCUAUUGAGCAAAGCGAUGACAGCUGGAACGCAGACAAGAAGGGCAAUGACGGAUGGGGCGUCUCAAACGAGGCAAAAGAAGCGACAUUCGACAGCUGGAGCACAGACAAAGCAGUCGGCAGCUGGAACACGACCAACAGACCCAGCUGGGACCAAAACAACGCAAAGCAGGACAAGACCGACGCCUCCCAGGGCACCAACGGCUGGGGCUUCGCACCAAACACAAACACAGCAGGGAACCCCACCGCCGCCACCCCCGAUCGACCACCCAAAACCCCCUCCCACCGUCACACCUCCAAAUCCCUCUCCAAAUAUCGCCAGCUCUCGACCCCACGCGCCCACAACGCACACCUCGCCUUCCCCCCCUCGCCCCCCAAAACGACUCUCCACCCCUCCCACACCUCAUCCGCCGGAAACGAACCCCCCAGCGUGCCUCCGCAGACCCCGCACCCCAUUCCUCUCUCCACUGCGGCGCUCAAGGGCGUCCAGCACCAGGUCCUUGCGGGCCGGGGCACGGCGUACGGGCACGCGGUCAGUCGGCCCAAGUACGUCGAUGGGCUGGAGAAGCCGUAUGCGGUGUUUCGGUUCAAGUACCGGGGGCGGGAUGUGCUGAGGGGGAUGUUCGGUGAGGAAUGUUCGAAAGGGGAGGGUAAGAGUGAGGAGGGUGCGGGACUUGAGGGGUUGGAGGGGUUGUCGAGGGAGGAGUUGGUCAGGCGGUUGGCUGUUUUGGAGGGGAGGGUGGCUGGGAGGAGGGUUUCUGGGGACGAGGGUGGGCGCACAGCUGAGUGGGUUAGGGAGCAUUCGGGGCGUGGCGGGGCAUGAUGCGGGGCAGUUGCGCGAAGGCGUUCAGACGGGAGGAGGCGAAGUGGUGAGGUGGCGAAGUGGUCAGUGAGGCCAAACCCUGCGGUUCAGUACUUGUUCAUUGUGGUAUCAUAGAUCUGCCCCUAUCCCUUCUUUUUCUGGAGACAGCGGGCCUUGCGUCA